GAAAUUUCAAACCGAAAUCUCCAUAUACUCUUCGUCAGAUAGUAUCUUCAACUCGCAAGUGAAGAUAUCGACACACACUAUCUCCCUUCCGCCGACGACGUCAUUGAAGACCCCGCCGCGGGAGGACCUUCCCUAAUUUCAGAUCCCUUCCAUAUGCGACAAUCGAAACCACGAAGAUUCUCCAUAGACUCACCGAACCAUCAGCAUAUGUACCCUUCAUUCUUCAUUCUUCAUUUUCCUUCCUUCUCACUUUCCCAGCCUUCCUCCUAAAACACACAUAAACCCUCCAAAAUGGACAAACCACUCGGCCCAACCAGCACAGACAUCCGCGAGCUUGCGGCCCAAGAAUCCUCCUCGGCACGCAAACCAGCCCUGAUCUCCAUCUCUCUAACCGGCGGUUCCGAGCCACACGUUAUCUUCCAGUGCGCGACGGAACCGGGCACCGUCGCCGACAAUGAAAUCUGGGUGAGGCGGAAGCGGAAUACCGUGCUGCGGUGGGGCGUGUCCAGCUGGUUGAUGCGGAAUAAGAUGCUGGCGAGCACGGGGCUCAGUGCGUCCGAGGUGGAGGAGGCGUUUGUGAAGAAGUUCGCGCUCCAGAGCUCGAGUGGGGGUGCGGCGGAUGAUUAUGCCAUCCACGGCGGUGCGUUCCCUGUUCGGGUCAGGGGCGUUGAUGGUGUCGUGGGAGUCAUUGUUGUCAGUGGGUUGAGGCAGGAACAUGAUCACCAGGUCGUUCUCGAGGUGGUCCGGGAUUACAUCCAGAACAGCGCUUGAGCUGCCUGGAUAUCAUCACGCUGUCGAAGUACUCUACAUAAGCAAGUACGGGAUUUAUUGGGCUCGAUUGAGCAACCGCUUUGUAUAGUACGUGAAUAAUCUAGGGGAAAAAAAAGUACAUAUCAAUGAGGU